UGCUAGGCCUCUCGGCACCAUCCCUGCACGCUGUGCCCCGUCCCAGGUCACAGCUGUCAGAGGCAUAGGUCCUUCCUUGAGACUCGGGACUUGUUUAUAGUGCAGACACACCAUGAUUGAAGACAAGGAGAACAAAGACCGUUCCUCGGAAAGGAGCAGAGUGACUCUCAUUUUGUCCUUAAAGAAUGAAGUCGGAGGACUCAUAAAAGCACUGAAAAUCUUCCAGGAGAAGCACGUGAACCUGUUACAUAUCGAGUCUCGGAAAUCAAAUCGAAGGAAUUCAGAGUUGGAGAUUUUUGUUGACUGCGACAUCAGCAGAGAACAGCUGAAUGACAUCUUUCCCCUGCUGAAGUCCCACACCACUGUCCUCUCUGUGGAUUCCCCAGAUCAGCUCACUGGGAAGGAAGAUGCUUUGGAGACUGUUCCUUGGUUCCCAAAGAAGAUUUCUGACCUGGACUUCUGUGCCAACAGAGUGUUGAUGUAUGGGUCCGAACUCGAUGCAGACCACCCUGGCUUCAAAGACAAUGUCUACCGUAGAAGACGAAAGUAUUUUGCAGAGUUGGCUAUGAACUACAAACACGGGGACCCAAUUCCCAAGAUUGAAUUCACAGAAGAAGAGAUUAAGACCUGGGGAACCAUCUUCCGAGAGCUGAACAAACUCUACCCGACCCACGCCUGCAGGGAGUUCCUCAGAAACCUUCCUCUGCUCUCGAAAUGCUGUGGCUAUCGGGAAGACAACAUCCCACAACUGGAGGAUGUCUCCAACUUUCUAAAAGAAUGUACAGGGUUUUCCAUCCGCCCUGUGGCUGGUUACCUCUCACCGAGAGACUUCCUGUCAGGGUUAGCCUUUCGAGUCUUUCACUGCACUCAGUAUGUGAGACACAGUUCAGAUCCCCUCUAUACUCCAGAGCCAGAUACCUGCCAUGAACUCUUAGGUCAUGUUCCUCUCUUGGCUGAACCCAGUUUUGCUCAAUUCUCCCAAGAAAUUGGCCUGGCUUCGCUUGGAGCUUCAGAGGAAACUGUUCAAAAACUGGCAACGUGCUACUUUUUCACUGUGGAGUUUGGUCUGUGCAAACAAGAUGGACAGCUGAGAGUCUUUGGCGCCGGCUUGCUUUCUUCCAUCAGCGAGCUCAAACAUGCGCUUUCUGGAUGUGCCAAAGUUAAGCCCUUUGAUCCCAAGGUUGCUUGCAAGCAAGAGUGUCUCAUCACAACCUUCCAGGAUGUCUACUUUGUAUCUGAGAGCUUUGAAGACGCAAAGGAGAAGAUGAGAGAAUUUACCAAAACCAUGAAGCGCCCAUUUGGAGUGAAGUACAAUCCGUAUACUCAGAGUGUUCAGGUUCUGAGAGACACCAAGAGCAUAACCAGCGCUGUGAAUGAGUUGCAGUAUGACCUCGAUGUUAUCAGUGAUGCCCUUGCUCGGGUCAGCAGGCGGCCCAGUGUGUGAUCGUCUCCAGUCCGAAUCCAGAAAGUCAGUGAGCUUCAGUUCAGAGCCAGGGCCAUCUCUUGCUUCCCCCGAAGACCUGCUUGAGGAGGACAACAGCUCCCAGCUUAACAAAAUUUCUCAACUCUCUCUCUAAUAAAUCACCCACUGUCUCUGAAAAUGCACACCUGGAUGCUUUAGCCACUGCUGACAACUUUCUUCUUCUUCUUCUUCUUCUUCUUCUUCUUCUUCUUCUUCUUCUUCUUCUUCUUCUUCCUCCUCCUCCUCCUCCUCCUCCUCCUCCUCCUCCUCCUCCUCCUCCUCCUCCUUUUUUGGUACCUGCUUAGGGAAAUAUAAUUCACAUAUCAUGUGCUUCACCAAAAUGCCCAUUUAAAAUAUUUUAUUUCAUUAAAAUAUAGUUAAAUCAUCUUCCCCUUCCCUUUCUUUCCUCCAACUUCAUCCCCCAGUAUCACGGCCUUUUUACUGAAUACCCACUUUUGAUGGGGCAAGUUGUUUGACACUGGUCAGAGUUGGUCUUACCUUGAUGCUGUUUCCACCAGUUCGUCAUCAGCAAAUGGUCACUUUGAAUGCCCUGACGAAUGUAUCUGUAGCUGUUACUUGUCACCAACCUUGUCACAGCUCAGGCACAUUCACAGACUAGAUUUAUAGGAGACCAGCUGUUCUCACUGCCUGCAUGGACAGACGUGCAGAGGGCUUAGCCCUCGAGCAUGACUAGCAAAGAGCAAGUUGGCUUCAAGUGCAGUGUCAGACAAGGAUAUAGAAGUCACCAAGACUCAGCCAGGCAUGGCAGUGCCUGCACUUCCAGGUCUCCCUGGCGCCUUAUUUCAAGGUGUCACAGUAGAACAUAAGAACAUGAGAAGGCAGUGAGGUAGGAAACGAGGAAAGAAACAGAGAAGGGCCAGGGAGAGCAGUCUGGUCUGAGAGUGUGAUUUGUGGGGACUGUGAGGGUGGAAAGUAGUGAUGUAUGUCAGACAUGGAGCAUGAGCAGAAGCGGCUGUCUGAACUCUUCACUACUGUAACAGAGUGCAGAGGCAACCGACGUAUAGAGAGGAAAAGUUUAGCUUUGCUCAUAGGUUUGGAUGCUUUGGUCCAUUAGAAGUUGUUCCUGUGUUCUAAGUCUGUGAUGAACCAAGGCGUUGUGGCAGAGCAAAGCUAUAAACUUCAAAAAGGAUGGAAAAAGGAAAGAGGGAAGACUUGAGAUGAGGAAGAAGGUAGAAAGAGAGAGGGAUAAGGAGAGAGAGAGACAGAGAGAGCCUCUAGUACAAUUUAGGAGUUCAAUACUACCAGGGUAGGACAGUGGCUCAACAAUAAAGAACACUAGCCACUCUUCUAGAGGGCCUGGGCUUGAUUCCCAGCACUCACAUGGUGGCACACGACCAUCUGUAACUCCAGUUUCAGGGGAUCCAAUGUCUUCUUCUGGCCUCCAUGAAUAGCAGGCAGGCAUGCAAAUGGUGCACAGACACACAUGCAAGCAGAACGUCCAUACACAUAAAAUAAAGAAAUUAAAAACCUCUAUUUUUCACACUAAGAGUGAAAUCAAAUACCAUUGAACAUGCUUUAUUUCAAGCCCACCAGAUUGCUUACACUAGAUUUUUUUUUUUUACAUCCUUUUAAGACAUCAGAGGAAAUUGUUAACAGCUGCACUGUUGUCAGUCUUUCUUCCCGGACUUCCUUUGGGACCACCAGCCCCCCAAAUAAUGACAAGAAGACUUAUUAUUAAUUAUGAAAACUUGGCCUUUGGUUUAGGCUUGUUCCCAACUAGCUCUUAUAACUUAAACACCCAUAUCCAUUAAUCUACACUCUGUCUCAUGACUUUUUACCUCUCCUCCAUUCUGUUCAUACAAGUUGCUCCAUAUAUUGGUGGCAUCUUCUGUCUGUCUAGAUGCAUCCCCCUGAGUUCCUCUCUCCGCCUGGAAGUCCCACCUAACCUCUCCUGCUUAGCUAUUGGCUGUUCAGGUUUUUAUUAAAAUGGUUCACAACAACACAUCAUCACACAGUGUACAAAUGUCCCACAAUGCUGUAUUCCAUCCCAUGCUCUGCGAGGAAGCAGACUGAGGAAGGGUGACUCAGCCGUCUCAGCUCUUUAUAAACGGUCGCUUUCACAGCUACUGAGCAUCCAUACGAUGAUGACAUGUGAGCGUGUCUGAAAUCAUUUGACGUACAGACCAGCUAGUCUGUUUAGUCACCAGGAAAAGCACUCUAAAGAAAUCAUAACAGACAGCAUAGAGACCCCAUCUGCUGUGUCUGGUUAUUUUCACAAGACUUUGAUGACGCUGGAGAAUCACAGCUAGUGGGUUUUUAAAUGACGGUGCUUAAUAUUUGCUCUGACUAAUGCACUUUAAAAUAAUUAGUAGCUUCAAGAUAGUGGAAAUAUUUAGUGGCGGCCUUGACUUUGUCUAACCUCUGGAUCAUGAUAUUUGGCAAAUCAGGGAUCCAAGAGUUUUUAGAGUUUUCAAAAUACCUAAAAAAUUUUAAAUAAUUAUCCAAACACCAGGACCGAAUGAAAUCAAAAGCAUGGCUUGCAGUUCUUCACCGGAGACUCAUUCCUGACCACAGUAGCGUGUCUGACUUCAAAGAAAAGAGAAAUACGAAUCAUCAGAAUGCCUGUGUUCCUUAACUUCAUGCUUUGGCAUUUGGAGUUACAUAAGGAGCAAGGUACAGUAAAAUGUGUGGACUCAUUGAUAAUUUGUAAGUCGGCUUCCAGAGAAAGAAAAAAGCCAGGACUUUGCAGAAGCAAUAAAUAGCAGAGACCACAUGUUAAUAUGUCUAUAAAGUGGAUAAAGAUAAUUGUGAUCCAUUUCACUCUUGUCUUCAUCACACUGUGGAAUGUACAUUUAUAAUUUAAAAGUUUGCUAUUCUACUGUACAAUAAACUCAAAGUUCAUGUUCUUAAAAAGUGU